AAACCACUAUCAGAUGGAGAAUUGGACGAGCGUAUCUCAAGCUUGCAACGCACCUCAAAAGAUUGACGGAGGAAGAGAGAGAGCAAGAAGAGCCAAAGAUGAAAAAGUCUAAGAUCAAAGAUGACGGUUUUGAUUGUGGGAAUGACGCUCUUGGCAUGCAGAAUAAUAUCACACCAGCUCACAAGAUUACAGCAUCUUCAGGGAUAGCGGGUGACCAGGCCAGACUAAACUACACUCAUGGACCACCGUGGUGUGCUAUGGGAAAUGAUGACAACCCUUAUUUACAGAUUGACUUAGGGACCCCCCACAUCAUCUGUGCUGUGUCAACACAGGGUGACCAUCAGAAGAAACAGUGGGUCAAGACUUUUCGGAUUAAUUAUUCUGAUGAUGGAAAGACUUAUCAACAAUACAAGGAUAACAGCAAUACACAACAGAUAUUUCAUGGUAACGUUGAUGGCUCAGGGAUCGUCAAGCAGAUUCUGUAUCACGGAAUCACUGCCAGAUAUCUACGUAUCCUACCCAUGAUGCACCACGGAGCUGUUUGUAUGAGAGCUGAGAUAUAUGGAAUACAAAUGCAAUCAGAAAACCUCGCAAUAUAUAAAAUAUCGAAGCAAUCUAGCACCAGUAAAAAUGGAAUUGCUUCAAGAGCUGUUGAUGGUAACCGUGAUGGUAAUUGGUUGAGUGGAUCCUGUACACUCUGUGAUCAAAGGCAUGAUAGGGAAUGGUGGCGUGUUGAUCUUGGUAAGAGUGUUGAAGUGGAAGAAGUUUCAGUGUUCACUAGGACACAUCCUCAAUGGGGUCUUCGCUUGUGGAAUACUACAUUCGAGCUUCGCAUUGGUGACUCUAGCGCUUCUCCAACGUCUAAUCCCACAUGUGGUGGUCAGUAUGGUAUAAUACCAGCAGGCAGUAUAACCAUCGUCUGUAGCCCACCAAUGAAAGGAAGAUAUGUCAGUAUAAGACAACUAGAACCGUAUCAUCAGCUUUCCUUGUGUGAGGUGGAGAUAUAUGGUCAUGAAAAUUCUGGUCUUAAAAUUAAUGUUGUUGAUAACAAAACUAACGAAACGGGAUGUGCGAAUGCGGCUCGUAAAGAUAAUAAGACCUGGUUGAUGAUUGAUCUGGACCAUAUUAUACCAGUGUACAAAAUCUACAUACAUACCUUGUUCAAAAUCCCUAACAUCAAGGAAGUCUUUCAGAUUCAAAUCGGAAAUAAUUACAAUAAAGGAGGUACUUUCAAUCCAAGUAUCAUUUAUGGCCAUCCUAAAAGUAAAGAUGGGUACCGUCAUUACAUUGUUUUAAGCCACAUCAUGAUUGGACGCUAUUUAACAAUCCAGGGUAGAGGCGUUCACAAAGGUUUAUGUAAAGUUGAGGUUUAUUCAAAAGCUCCGGUCUGCACAAGACAGGGUGUUGGUAUCUCGAACAAUCAAACCAUACCUGACAACAAGUUAACAGCAAGUUCUAUUCAUAGCACAACAAGGUCUGCACACAAAGCCAGACUUCUUGGUAACAGCUCCUGGAGACCAAGUGACAGAGAUGCCAACCCAUGGUUACAAGUAGACCUUGGCAAGAUUUAUUACCUGUGUGCUGUAGCUACACAAGGUGACCCGAACGGUGACGAGAGGACAAGAAAAUACAAAAUAAGCUGGAGCUUAAAUGGUACAUGGCAGUUUUUGAAAAACAAAACUUCGAAAGCUAUAAUGAUAUUUACAGGUAAUAGAGAUAGUAUUAGCAUCAUCAAGCAUACCUUCACUUCACCUCUUAAGGCCAAGAUGAUACGGUUCUAUCCUGUCGAGAAAAACAAGGCAAACGCCCUUAGAGUAGAAAUCUAUGGUGUAAACAUACAAGGUCCACAAACGCCUAGUCUUACCUACGACAGAGAGCUUGAUCCAAGAUUUGAAACACAUAUAGACUUGGUGUGUAGAGCUGAUGGAGGACUGAAUAUCAAAUGGUAUCAUAACGAUACAGACAUUACAAGUUACUCCAUCGGUACAGUAAGGACAGGAUCAAUACUCAUAUCCACACUACGUGUAAACUACACGUCAGCUGAUGAUAUUCUUGAAAACUACUUUUGUGGAAAAGCUUUUGACCGAAAUAAGAUUUGUAGCAGCCUGGAAUAUAUAUGUCAAGUUGAUUAUGGCUCGUACAGAAAGCUACAAGCACGUCGAAGUGUCACAACAGUUGUAUUAGGUGUUCUCGAUCCACCUAUCGUCCAAAUAAAACCAUCUUCACGCUCAGCCCUUGUAAUGAUAAUACCUAAUAUAACCGCAGACCAAGGGAACAUCACAAAGUAUUCAAUUGACCUCGAUUGGCACAAGAGAUACCUAACAAAUCUAAGUACUUAUCACCUAACAGACUUGAAACCCUAUACUAACUAUACAGUAAGGGUAAUGGUUUCAAGUCAGAUUGGGAAAAGUGAAUGGAGCAAGACAGUGACGUUUACAACACUACAAGCAGAACCAUCGGCUGCCCCAGAAAACGUAACAGCUACAGAGAUUGCAAGUGGCAAGUUUAAUAUAUUUUGGAAUGAAAUACCUCAAGAUGAUGCUAAUGGAAAAAUAGUGGCCUACGAGGUCAAAUGGAAGCCUGUGAAGUUGCGACGCAAGCGAUCUCCGUUAACAUCUUCGCAAGCAAAUAAUGCUACCAAAUCUCCCCACGUGUUGGACAACCUGACGUAUCAUGUGACGUAUAGCGUCAGUAUUCGAGGGUACACAGUGGCUGGUCCAGGCCCAUUUAGCAUACCAAUAACUAUAAGAGGCCAUAGAGGGACGGGUACUGACUUAAAGGAUGGACCAGUGUCAUUUCUGUUGAUCAUUACCGUUGCUGCUAGCGUAGUCGCAGCUGUCAUAAUAAUAGUAACAUCGAUAGUCAUCAUAGUUUUGAUAAAAAGGCAUAAAAAUCCAAAGGUGAAGCGAGUGCAUUAUGCAGCCCGUGCUUCGCAACUCAACGCUCAAGUAUCGAUGAUUGAGGAUAACGAAGAAAAAGAUGAGCAAAGUGAAAAUAACAAAGAGGAGAUUGAAGAUGCCACAUCAUCUGGUGUUAAAUAUGGCAACUCGUUGAGUCACGAAGCAACGUUAACAAAUCGCUCUUUCACUGUCAACCAGUUCAUACAGUGCAUGCGGAAAGUUCCAAAGGAGAAAAACCAGAUACUGACGAAAGAAUUUCAGAACAUGGGAAAUGGUCUGCAGUUUCCAUCGCUCGUUGCUAGGAAAGCAGCUAACAAAACUAAAAAUCGAUAUGGCAACAUUGUACCUUACGACCACUCUCGAGUCGUUCUGGAGAAAGUUGAAGAAGAUGAAGACUCGGAUUACAUUAAUGCCAGCUACAUCCGGGGAUAUGAAGGAAGACAUAUUUCUUACAUUGCUUCUCAAGGUCCUGUUGAACGGAGUGUGGUAGAUUUUUGGCGCAUGAUUUGGCAAGAAAAGACAUCAGUGAUCGUCAUGUUAACAGAUCUAAUAGAAGGAAGUAAGACCAAAUGUAAGAAAUAUUGGCCAGAAGAUUGUGAAAAAUACUUCGACAUAUCUGUUCAACUGCAAAAGACUGAAAUAUUUGCUGAUUACUCGAUUCGUUCUUUCUACUUGACAAAGACCAGAUCAACUGAGCAGCGUUGUGUUUUCCAAUAUCAUUUCACUGCAUGGCCUGAUAAGGAUGUCCCUCAUUAUGCAACACAAUUAUUAGCCUUCAGAAGGCGUCUCGUGUCAGACACAGCCAUGGUGUCUCCUUGGGUUGUUCACUGCAGUGCCGGAGUCGGACGAACUGGAACUUUUCUUGCUGUGGACGCCAUGUUAAGACAAGCAGAAGAAAAGAAAACCUUGGAUAUUUUCAACUACGUUAAAACGAUGAGAGAAAAUAGACCAUAUAUGGUGCAAACAACGGAACAGUACAUUUUUGUACACACUGCAAUUCACGAGUUUCUAACAUGCGGAAUCACAGAAAUAGAAGCAUUGCAACUGAGAGAAGAAAUGGAAAAACUUGUCAAAACUGACGAAAAGGAAAACCUUUCUGGAUACGAGAUGGAAUUCAAGCACCUUUCGCAUGUGUGCCCUCUUGUCCAAGACGAUGAAAUGACAGAUGGAAACAAACCUUGUAAUAACAGGAAAAACAGGUUUUCAAACAUCUUGCCAUUGGAUAAAGCAAGGGUAUUCGUACAGGUUUACACUGAUGAGGAAGGAGCCAAUUACAUCAAUGCUUCUUAUGCAAAUGGAUACAGACAUAAGAACGCUUACAUUUUGACCCAGGCUCCUCUCGACACCACCAUCGCUGAUUUUUGGAGAAUGAUCUACGACAAUAAACUUGGAACUAUUGUUAUGCUGAAUAACUUACAAGAGGGGAAUGUGAACUACCCAAAGUAUUGGCCCCAAGAAGUAUCACAACAGUAUGGUGACAUCAUAGUUGAUACCAUAAAAGAAGAAGAAAAGACUUCUGUAACUUUGCGCACAUUUACCUUGACAAGUGAAUCGUGUGGUUCUGACGGUGUCCAUGAAGUAAGACACUAUCAGCACACAGAUUGGAGUGAUGGGUCUGUGCCAAGUAAUGUUAGAACUGUGUUGGAUCUUAUUGAAAUGUUGCAAUGGUCACAACAGCAGUCAGGCAAUAAAUCUAUCGUUGUUCAAUGCAGUGAUGGUGUUGGUCGUAGUGGUACGUUGUGCACAAUCCUGUCUCUACUCGACCGUGUCAAAACCGAACAAAUGGUCGAUGUCUUCCAGACUGUGAAAGCACUGAGAAUAUCGAGACCUGGAGCCGUGGAAACUGCGACACAAUACCAGUUCUGUUUUCAGGUGGUGAUGGAUUACGUGGAAUCCUUCAGCGAGUAUUCAAACUUCGAUGGCUAAAAUAAGUGCUUGAAGACCUCCUAAACUGGACGCUAAGAUAAGACAUUAUUCAGCCAGACACAUGUCAUUCCCUAGAGUAUAAUUUCUUUGCAAACGGUUGCGCAUGAUAACAUACAUGUAUAUCUACGGAUAGAAAGUUGAGAUGACUCUAAAAGCGGGCGUAGAAGACUAAAAUCGAUCGAGGCUAAGACUAAACAAAUGCGAACUUGAAAUGAGAGUAUUGGACACCGACUUAUUCUAACACCUAAUUUCAAUAACUUAUAUGAGUUUAACUUAGUGAAAAUAGUCUAUCCAUAAUCUCUCGUUAGAAACGCAGGAUCGUGUUCACCUCACUACUGUAGCAUCCUCGGAUCUUUUUUUUUAUAACAAUAUAUUUGUAGGCUAACCAAACUUCGUUAGAGUAAUUUUAUUUCAACCCGUGAAAUAGCUGAAUAUCAUCUCGCACAACAGAGACUAAGACUGAACAAAGAGAAUAAACUGGAUUAUUGAUUAUCUGAAAUAAUUGGACAGCAAGACGUAAACAAAGCUCCGCGGCAGCUACUGCUGUCUUUUUCAGGUCACCUGGUCACAUUAAGAUAAUAACACCAACACGCAAAGUCUAAAACACUCUCCUAACCAAGACACAUAGCUCACGCAAAUAUAAAUAUUAGCAAAAAGAAAACUCUCAAACACUAAAAAAGAAAAAUAUACAAUGACAUGUCACAAAAUAUGGUCAUGUUAUAUGUUUUAGAACGCGGUUUUUCUUGUUGUUAGGCUUAGCCAAGGUUGGAUUAAAUCCAGCAUGGAUCUUAAAAGCACCAGAUUAGUCCAGCAGAAUCGUAGGGAUUUGCCGUAAAUCUACAGUUAAUAAUUUACUACUAACAAAAUACAUUAUAUACUUUAAAAUCGUUUUCUGGCAUUCACAGUCGUAGCGUCUCAACAACAUAUAGUAUUAAUCAUAAGCUGGUUCAUUAAUAUAACCAUUAAUAAUAAUAAUAAUAAUGAUGAUAAUAAUAAUAAUAAUAAUAAUAAUAUGUGUGUGUGUGUGUAUAUAUAGUUUUUCAUAGACUGUGAGUCACGUGGAAAAAGUUUAGUUUGGUACUAAUAAUACAUUGUACAUAACUUCUGAUUAAGAAAGAAAAUUUUUCAAAGACAAUUAUAAACGGUAAAGAUUGGACACUUCUAGGAGCAGCAAAAAAUAAAAGCGAUGCUAUUUUGGGGUUCAGUGAAAGGCACUUGCAUGCUCAUAAAGUGGCGGGAAAAAACCAGACGCGUUUGCCAAGUGAACCCGUUAAUAUUGAUAAGGAAAUUUGUAAAAAUUAUACUCUCUGUUUUUCCUUAUCAUAACUAUGUUGAAUUUUGGCUAUCUUGCUAAACCAUGUAGACAUAAUACCCGUUAGACUUUAUCAUUUUAUCGAUAGGUUCAUAAAUACUUUUACAAAUUUACUACCUAAUAAAGUGUUGACAAAUGCUCAUGAUAACUUGGAUACGGCUUAUAUUUUUGAAACUGGCCAAGCAGUUUUUAUUUCUAAAAACUUUUUUAUGCAGAAAAAUAAAAAAUGUUUGUAAUACAUGAGCUUUUUCAAAUGAUAUUUAGAAAAACGAAGAUGUAGACAUCGUCGAUUUAAACAAUGACACAAACAAAACACUUAUAUCCGUUACUCAUUAUUUGUAUAUUCCAGCAAAAAACCACCAAUUACACAACGUACUAGCACUAUACAAUUAUUCAUAACUGGUGAAGAUGACCUUGGUUYUUCAUGACAAGAUUUGUUGUUUCUUUUAAUAGAGUUUGUUGAUAAAUAAAAGUGUUUCUAUCGUA